UAAGAUCCAUUUGACGCUCGUUCCCUAGACCUUGUUUUUCCCCGUCACUUUGCAUAUUUUUCACAUCACUAAUCAUCCAUCGAUUCCCAGACAAGAAUGACAAAUCCAAGCCUUUCAACAAAGAGAAGAAGAUCUGAAAUCUCCACGGGCAUACCAUCCGAAACUGAUCCAAAACGUUUCAAUGGACAAAUAAAGUCCGACAUGGAAGAAGACACACAGUCGUACUAUUCCGAUACCGACUCCCAAAUCCCAUCGACUAUAACCAAGGUGGUUAAAUCAGUUGUUUCCAUCCAGUUCAGUCAUGUGGCCAAUUUCGAUACCGAAACAGCCAUUGUUAGUGAAGCUACGGGUUUUGUGGUGGAUAACCAGAGAGGUUUGAUCUUAACCAAUAGACAUGUCGUAGGACCUGGCCCUUUUUGGGGUUAUGCUGUGUUUGAUAACCAUGAAGAAGCAGUGGUUAAGCCAAUUUACAGAGACCCAAUCCAUGACUUUGGAUUUUUGCAAUUCGACCCUUCUGACAUUAAACAUAUGGAACUAUCCCAGUUGGAGUUAAGACCCGACUUGGGAACUGUAGGGACCGAAAUCAGAGUGGUCGGUAAUGAUGCGGGAGAAAAGUUGUCGAUUUUAUCUGGUUUUAUCUCCAGGCUGGACAGAAAUGCCCCUGACUAUGGUUCGUUGACCUAUAAUGACUUUAAUACCGAAUAUAUUCAGGCUGCUGCUAGUGCAACUGGUGGUUCCUCGGGAAGUCCUGUUAUCAACGAAGAUGGGUAUUCUAUUGCCUUACAAGCAGGUGGACCCUUGAGAGCAUUGAAGUGCAUCCAACAACAACUUCCAAUCACCAGGGGAGAUAUUCAAGUCGAAUGGCAAUUGAAGCCUUAUGAUGAAUGUCGUCGUUUGGGAUUAACGCCAGAGGUUGAAGCCAAACAAAGAGAGCUUUUCCCUGAAAAAAUUGGAAUGCUUGUUGCUGAGUUAAUAUUACCAGAAGGGCCUGCAGAUGGUCUCAUUAAGGAAGGUGAUACUUUAAUCUCUAUUAAUGAUGAACCUAUCUGCACUUUCAUUAAGGUGGACGAAAUUCUUGACGAAAGUGUGGGUAAGGACUUGACGUUUGUCAUCCAAAGAGGUGGUACCGAAUUAACUCAAACCAUCAAAAUUGGUGAUUUACAUGCAAUUACCCCAGAUAGGUAUGUGGAAGUCGCUGGAGCCUCGUUCAAUACCCUUUCUUACCAAAUUGCAAGAUGCUACUGUAUGCCUGUGAGAGGUGUCUACAUCAACAAUGCUUCCGGUUCGUUUGAAUUGUCCCCAUUCGAAAAGAAUGGUUGGUUAUUGGAAUCUGUUGAUGAUAAGCCAACCCCGGAUUUGGAUACCUUUGUCGAGGUCAUGAAGCUGAUUCCAGAUUUGGAUAAAGUUGUCAUUACUUACAGACAUGUUUCAGACAUGCACUCGGAGUUAUUCAGAGUGGUUUAUAUCGAUAGGCAUUGGUGCUCAACGUUCAGACUCGCUCAAAGAAAUGAUGAGACGGGUCUCUGGGAUUACAAAACUAUUCAGGAAAAUCCUAUCCCACCAACUCAACCCACUCCAAAAUAUGCUAAGUUCAUCGAUAUUCCGUUUAUCGAUGAGUCCAGAUCGGAAUGUUCUAAGAUGGUCCGGUCCUUCGUCCAAAUCAGUGCAUAUUGUCCAAUUUCAUUGGAUUCUCAUCCUUACAAGAAAUUGAUUGGUCAUGGGGUUAUUGUAGAUGCCGCAAAUGGAUAUGUGUUGGUUUCAAGAAGAAACAUCCCUCAUGACUUAUGUGAUGUGUUGAUUAUCUUUGCUGAGUCUAUUGAUGUGCCGGGUAAGGUGGUUUUCUUGCAUCCCCAUCAAAACUAUGCUAUUGUCAAAUAUGACCCAUCUCUCAUUACUGCUGAUGUCAGAACCCCAAAGUUUGGCUCUAAGCCUUUAAAGAGAGGUGAAACCUCGUUGUUUGUGGGAUACAACUACAACAUGAGGCUCGUCACUGAAGAUGUAAAAGUCAGUGGAGUUUCGUCAUUAAACAUUCCUGCUGCCGUAUAUUCACCUCGUUACAGAGGUACCAACUUGCAGUGUAUUUUACUUGAUAGUAAGUUGUCACAAGAAUGCUACACUGGUAUUUUGUGUGAUGAUGAUGGUACAGUUCGAGCAUUUUGGUUGACGUAUCUUGGUGAAACCAAUAGGGAAGUCGAUGCUGACAAAACGUAUAGAAUGGGUUUGGAUGUUACCGAUGUGUUGGAAGUAAUUGAAUUGCUCCAGAAAAAUGAGAUUCCAAAGCACUUGAAUAUAAUUGAUGCUGAGUUUACUUCUGCCACCGUUUUCCAAGGAAGAACCAGAGGUAUUUCUCAGGAGUGGAUCACCAAGUUUGAAGAAGCCUGUGAAGAUGAAAUUUCCUUCUUAGUCGUUGAUAGGAUCGUUGCCUCACCUUUGGAUCAAGCACCUAUUCCUUUGAAGACUGGUGAUGUACUUCUUUCCAUCAACGAUAAGCUUGUAAAGGAAAUGAGAGACCUCAACAUUAUGUACGAAUCUGAUAAUAUCAAGUUUAAAGUUGUCAGACAGAAGAAAGAGAUUGAGUUGGUUGUUCCUACCGUUGACACUGACGCUUUGAACACUACUCAUGUGCUAUUUUGGUGUGGUGCUUCAAUUCAAGCCCCACAUCAUGGUGUUCGUCAACAGAUGGAAAGGAUUCCUUCAGAGGUCUAUAUCACCAGUAGAGGUAGUGGAGCACCUGCUCAACAGUACGACUUAGCACCUAUCAGUUUCAUUACCCAUGUCAAUGAUAAAGAGACAAAAGACAUGGUGUCUUUCAUUAAUGUAAUCAAGGGUAUUCCUGAUCAAACCUACGUGAAAAUUAGAUUGGUUUCUUUUGACAAUAUUCCAAUUGCAAUCUCCAUGAAAACCAAUUACCACUAUUUCCCCACCUCCGAGUUUAAGAAAUUGGAUAGUAAGUGGGAGUCUAUAGAACAUAAUUAGAAGGUGAAUUUAAUAUCUGCAUUCUUUUAUAUCUUGUAUUGACUUGGCUAUUUACAAAUGUCGUUUCUAUAGUACAAAUGGGAUAUGAUCAGGGAUUUUCAGAGGUAUUGCUUCAACUUCUUCAAAUGACCACCUUUGUUUGUAACUGGGACAAACGAGUCUAAAUGGCUCAAGGUGUUAGAACUGAAUCUACCAUUUCCGUGGUUUCUACCAGCUUGCUUUCUCUUGAAUCCAUUACCAGUUUUAAUGAAUCUUUUGGCAGCUGCCUUGUGGGUUUUCAUCUUAUUUCUUGUUUGAAUCAAGAUGGUUGAUAUGGGAUUUCUCUGAAACACCAACCUGCUAGUGCUACUGAUUAACGAACCAAUCAUUCUUGAUGACACAGCUUUUUAUUGCACCAGAUUUUU